AUGCGUCCAAGGACAAGCCAAAGAACGGGACUUUAUAAAGCACCUCUGUCCAAGAGCCUUCUGCUGGUGCCCAGUGCCUUGUCCCUUGUCCUGGCCCUCCUCCUGCCACACUGUCAGAAGUUCUUCUUGUAUGACCUCCAGGCAGUGAAGAACGACUUCCAGAUUUGGAGGUUGAUAUGUGGAAGAGUAAUCUGCCUUGAUUUGAAAGAUACUUUCUGCAGUAGUCUGCUUAUUUAUAAUUUUAGAAUAUUUGAAAGAAGAUAUGGGAGCAGAAAAUUUGCAUCCUUUUUGCUGGGUUCCUGGGUUCUGUCAGCCUUGUUUGACUUCAUCCUGGUUGAAGCUAUGCAGGUCUCAUUGGGUAUCACCGCAGCCAGUAGUUUGCCUUCUGGAUUCUUGGCACCUGUGUUUGCUCUGUUUGUACCAUUUUACUGCUCCAUACCAAGAGUCCAAGUGGCACAAAUUCUGGGCCAAUUUUCCAUCACAAACAAGACAUUGAUUUAUAUAUUGGGACUACAGCUUUUCACCUCUGGUUCCUACAUCUGGAUUAUAGCCCUAAGUGGACUUAUUUCCGGUAUAUGUUACAACAGCAAUGUGUUCAAAAUCCACCAGCUGCUCUACAUUCCCAGCUGGAUGGCAAAGCUGUUUUCUUGGACAGUUGAGCCCAUCUUUUCAUCUUCGGAACCCACCAGCGAAGCCAGGAUAGGGAUGGGGGCAACAGUAGACAUUCAGAGACAACAACGAAUGGAGCUGCUUGACCGGCAGCUGAUGCUCUCUCAGUUUGCCCAAGUGCGGCAACAAAGACAGCAGCAGGGAGGAAUGAUCAAUUGGAAUCGCCUUUUCCCACCUUUACGUCAGCGACGAAAUGUCAACUAUCAGGAUGGUCAGCGGUCUGAACAACAAGCAUCCCCUCCUCUAGAGGUUUCUGAGGAACAGGUCGCCCGGCUCAUGGAGAUGGGAUUUUCCAGAGGUGAUGCUCUGGAAGCCCUGAGAGCAUCCAACAAUGACCUUAAUGUGGCUACCAACUUCCUGCUGCAGCACUGACGGUCCUCAGGCCCCAGGACAGGGACAAGCCACACGCUGCGGAGGGACAGAGGACGUG